UUACAAACACUUUCUUGCUCUCAUAUUAGGUACGGACUUCAUUUUUUUCUCUAUUUGCUUGCUCAAAAUAGGAGUAAUAAUUUCACAAGGUGACAACCGUUUUUGGCUACAGUGAAGGAUGCAGUGAAGUGCUGAUAUCACCAGUCACAGGUCAGCACUCAUCAGGAACCAAAGGGUCAGGAUGCAGACUCGUACUCAGGAGCAGGCUGGAAUAGCAACCACCAACCAUACCACUAAUAUGAAGGAAGAAGUGAAACAAGAGUCAGAGCUGAUGGAGGAGGAGGUGGAGUUCAACUGGGAGGAGUACAUGGAGGAGAAGGGAGCCAACGCGGCCCCUCACACUACCUUCAAGCAUGUGGAGAUCAGCCUUCAGAGCAACUUCCAGCCUGGAAUGAAGCUGGAGGUGGCCAAUAAGAACAGCCCGGACACAUACUGGGUGGCCACUAUCAUCACUACAUGCGGUCAGCUGCUCCUGCUGCGCUACAGUGGCUAUGGAGAGGACCGAAAGGCUGACUUCUGGUGUGAUGUCAUGACCGCUGAGCUUCACCCGGUGGGCUGGUGCACCCUUAACAACAAGACCCUAAUGCCCCCUGAAGAUAACAUUAACCUAAGAAAAGCCAUCAAGGAGAAGUACAACAACUGGACUGAGUUCCUGGUUCAGGACCUGACUGGCUCCAGGACGGCUCCUGCCAACCUUCUUGAUGGGCCCCUGCGGGGAAAAAACACGGUGGAUAUGAUCCUAGAGGGUUCAGUUAUAGAGCUUCAGGACACCUCAGAUUCUUUGCUCUACUGGCCUGUUCGUGUCAUGAAGAAUGUCGGUGGGAGGCUGCGACUGCGCACCGCUGGGCUGUCUGAAGAAGAUCAGACCAAUGAUGUUUGGCUGUUCUACUUGGACGCGAGGCUCCGCCCACUUGGUUGGGCUCAGGAGAACGAUCUCUCACUAGAGCCGCCUGCAGAAAUGAAGUCACUGAAGAGCACCACUGAGUGGCAGCUUGCUUUGGAGGAGGCUCGACUCGAUGGGCAGAAGAGUCCGCUUCCUCUUGAGGUGUUCAAGGACCAUGCAGAGUUGCCCAGGCAUUCCUUCAAGCUGGGGAUGAAGUUGGAAAUGGUUUCUCCGUGGGAUCCGCUUCAGAUCUGCCCUGUUUCUGUCACCAAGGUCUAUGAUGAAACCUUCUUCCAGGUCACUUUGGAUGACCUCAAUGUUGAUGCAAAGCAACGCUCAGUGGUCUGUCAUGCUCACUCACCGGGCAUCCUGCCAGUCCAGUGGUGUCUUAAAAAUGGUGUUAGCCUGGAGCGUCCACGGAGCUACGUGGGUCAGGACUUUGACUGGGCCGACUACCUGAAGCAGACCGGAACUGAAGCCGCUCCAGACUCCUGCUUCUCUGAUACUUGGCAGAGUAGAGUUUUCACCAAGAACAUGUGGCUGGAGACGGUGAAUCCUCAUUGUCCAGCAGAGGUGUGCGCCGCCCAGAUCGCCCAGGUCAGAGGACGCCUGCUGUGGCUCCGACUGGAAGGUGUGGCGAAGCCCCUGUCAGAAUGCAUCGUAGAUGUAGAGUCGAUGGACAUCUUCCCUGUGGGCUGGUGUGAGGCUAACGCUUACCCCCUGACAACUCCUCUCAAACCUGUCUGCCAGAUGCAAAAGAAAAUUGCAGUUGUUCAGCCUGAGAAACAAUUGACUCCAGCUAAGCCACUUGAGACGACUCCUGUCAACCUCUGCCAGCCUCUGAGCACAGACCCAGGCUCAGCCAAUGGUAGAUACUGCUGCUCCCGGAUUUUUGUCAAUCAUCGUUGCUUCUCUGGCCCCUACCUCAACAAGGGACGCAUCGCUGAGCUGCCACAAUCUGUCGGUCCGGGAAAAUGCACUCUGGUUCUGAAAGAGCUCCUCACCAUGCUAGUAAACGCUGCCUACAAGCCCGGACGUGUUCUGAAGGAGCUGCAGGAGGUGGAGGAUCAGAGCUGGGACUGCCAAGAGGAAACCCUCAAAGCCAAAUAUAAAGGGAAAACCUACCGCUCUGUCAUCAAAAUCAUCCGUCUGGCUGAUCAGAUCCCCGUUUUCUGUCGCACCGUGUGUCUGAAGCUGCAGUGCUGCCCGAACCUCUUCAGCCCCGUCCUCAUCACUAACAAGUGUCCAGAGAACUGCUCACUACAGACGAAAACCAAAUACACUUAUUACUAUGGGAAGAAAAGGAAACUGCCCAAACCCACCGGAGGAGAGGAGACUGCAGAUGGGGAUCUGAGCGCGCCGGCACGUCGCAGGAAGAAAAGGAAAGCCAUUUUUGUGCAGAAGAAGAGACGCUCGUCAGGUGUAGACUUCACACCAGCUGGAUCACCUCAGGACAGUAAUGAAGGUGAGGAGGAGGAGCAGUCUGGCAGUGAAGGCACCAGCUCAGAACCUCGCGACGAUAACACCGACGCCUCCUCGGCUGAAGUGACCAGCAGCCGUCCACGUCGGACGGCCACGCUGCGGCGUUUGGAGCCGACGGCCGGCCAGGAUGCUGGCGAGAGCCGCAGGAGGUCCAGCCGCACCAAGUACCCGGCAUGCAAGGAGGACAUGAAGGUGGAGGGAGAGAGGGAGGGGGAGGAGCAGCUGGUGCUGGACAGCAACCCUUUGGAAUGGAGCGUAAAUGAAGUGGUCCAGUUCAUCAACUCGACUGACUGCGCUUCUCUUGCCACCAUCUUCCAGGAGCAGGACAUCGACGGCCAGGCCCUGCUGCUGCUGACUCUGCCCACCGUCCAGGAGUGUAUGGACCUGAAACUGGGCCCGGCCGUCAAACUGUGCCACCACAUCGAGCGGGUCAAAGUCGCCUUCUACAAACAGUUUGUCAACUGAAUGAUCAACUGUAACUUUUUUUAGAGAUGGAUGAGCUGCCUUCUGAUGGAAUCAUAUGUCCUUGAGCAAAUGUGAGAAAUGAAUUUCAAAAUUGAAAGACGAGGACUUCUCCUUUGAGGAAUUGACGGAUUCAUGAGUGCGCAGAACAUGUUUUCCUGAUCCGUGGAAUGUUCUUUUGUUUGGUUUUCUUUGAUCUUUCUUUGUUUGUGAUAAAAUUUCUCAGUUGUUUGACCAGAAAUUCAAAUUCCUCUCUCCAAUGUGUGACCAGUUUCAGGAUUAAGAGAGCUGUAUUUAAUGACCCAGAAGUAAUAUAUUUGGAUAUUUAUUGUCUCCCUUAUUUAUGUUUAGAAACACCAGUACCUGUCAAAAUUUUUAUCGUCAGAUGAAGUUUUUUGGUUUUUUUUUUCCAUUUGCUCUUUUGUCGCUCGUCAGUGGAGGUGAGCCUCAGACAGCCGGUUGAGUCCAGAUCUCUUCUCCGACAGUCCACUGCUGUGUGUCCAUCUAUGCAAACGUGUGCAGAUAUUUUUGAUAAGUGCAAAAAUAAAUUUCUAUUCAUUUUUAUCAAUGAUCUUUUUUGUAGGAGCCCAUCUGUUCAUUAUGAUGAUGUUCUCUGCCUUCAGUUGUACCACAACAGGACAGUACGGCCCUUUGUCCCGACGCUGCCUGGAAAAGGAAAAAAAAAAGCAUGAAAAAUAAAAAUUAAUCUGGUUUUGUGAAGAACGUGAACACGUAUUGUGCAUUCUCUGUUUGAAAGGAGGAUGUUUUGGGUUGCUGGUGUUUGCUGCUCUGAAUAGAACUUUUGAAGCCUGUCUUGACAACGUCUUCUUUUAAAAGCGGAGAGAAAAAAAGAAGAAGAAAUGGCAGAGAAUCCACAACUGGACAUUUUGUUGCUGCCCAAAAAAGCACUAUUUUUCAUCAGAAGAUGGUUUGCAGGCCUCUCUCCCCCAACUGCUCCACGAUGAUGGCACAUCAUGAUGAACUGCUCAAUCUGUCACAAGUGACCAGGUCUGAAUGUGAUGCAGUGAGCUUGAGCACAAGUCACUAAUGGAAUGCACAUCUCUCUGGCUUGAUGCCUUUCACAAACCCAAAAAAGGU